AUGUUCAAGGCCACCCAAGUCGCCUUCAGCCUCGUUAUUUUAGCCACUCUCGCCGCGGCCGGUGAUAUUUGCGCCUACACCUCCAGGGGUUGUGUUGGAACCUUUGGGUGUUGCAUCAACAUUCCCGCGAACGUAUGUUGCUUGUACCCAGACAACUAUGGGUGGUCGAACUUGAAGAACAUGACGAGCAACGGCAACUGGUGGGCUUCAAUGUACAGCGAUACGUGCCAAACCCUGCUGGCGGGCUCUGUUGCCUCUGCAGACGGGCAGAUCUGCCUCGGUGCAUGGGACGUUCCGGCGCGCUCAACCAGCUGGCGGGUGACCACCAACACCAAUGCCAAGCGGUCGAUUACAGUGAAUCAAGAGGCAGCCCAAUGCAUGUCGCCGAAUGUGAUUGGAUUCACUACAGAUAGUGGGGAAGAGCGACUCUUCCGUAUUCCAGACGGAACCAGGUUCGAAGACGCGGAGAAGUUUUUGGAGGAAGGACAGUUUGAGGAGCUCUUCAAGUACGAAAAAGGUCAGCCUGUAGUGUUCGAAGCAGUCACAAAGCAACUCGGAUAG